AUGGAUACUGCAAAGCGCAAGAAGAAGGGCGAUGAUAUAGAGACCACCCAGCCGUCGCUGUCUGGUAUACAACCCGGCCCGUCGAGUGAGGGCAACGAUGGUCCAUCCCUGCCGACUGCAACUCCGGAUCCAAUAUUUGGUGCGGGAGUGCAAGGUGCUGGCAAUAAAAAAAAACGCAAGCGUGCGAUAAACGACAAGCUUGACGCGUUGGCACAUGUCCGACCGAUAACGUCGCAUGCUGACUUGGAGGAUCAGCUCAAGAUCCCAGCAAGGCGAGAAGGACACUUGACAAGAGGCGCACUCGACGACCAGCUUGACUGGCACCGCCUUCAGGGACCUGCCAGCGCGAAAAUUGUCCCAGAGGCCAGGUCGACACGGUGUAAGGACAGGGGUGCGCGCAUCGAGAUGCUUCGUGAAGUCAUCACUGUGUACAGCCCGAAUGCCUCUCAAGGGAGCCAGUGA